AAAACACAGAGUAAUCUUCCCCAACCACCCCUCCUCAGCAUAUAACCUGAUAUAUAGACAAAAUACAACCCCCUAUUUAUUUAUUUACGUGUCCCAUUUCCAAACUCCAAACUUUCAAGAAUAAAUUCUUAUUCAUCUUAGACAUAAGUUCCUCUUAAAUUUCAAGAAAAUAAAAUAAAAUAAAAUGGAUGAUCAUGAUCAACUACAGCCAAUUAAAGGAGGAUGGAAAUCUGCCAUCUUCAUCAUCUUUGUGGAAAUGGCGGAAAGAUUUGCGUAUUAUGGAAUAGCAGGGAACUUAAUGGUGUACUUAAAUAGAGUGAUGGAAGAACCCACUGCAAGUGCAGCUAAGUAUGUGAAUUCAUGGAAUGGUGUAUCAUCACUUGCUCUUUUUAUCGGCGCUUUCUUCGCUGAUUCUUAUCUUGGUCGCUUCAAGACUACUCUCGUUUCUUCCUCCAUUUUUCUCAUGGGAUUGAUUUUAUUGACAAUAUCAACGAGCACGAAAAUCCCAGAAAACGUUGGUACACCCUUGUUUUUCUCAGCGCUUUAUAUAACGGCUUUGGGAGAAGGUGGUCAUAAACCAUGUGUCCAAACCUUUGCUGCUGAUCAAUUUGACGAAAAUACCCCCUCCCAAAGAAAAGCGAAGAGCUCGUUUUUUAACUGGUGGUACCUUGGAAUUGUUGUUGGUGCAACAAUUGCUGUACUUGGAGUUGUUUAUGUGGAGGAUAACAUCAGUUGGACUCUGGGAUUUUCAAUUCCUACUAUAGCCGUCGGCUUGGCUUUAACAGUUUUUAUCGUUGGAAGUUCCACUUAUAGAAAGGAGCGGCCCGUAGGAAGCCCCUUUACUAGCAUGGCUCAGGUGGUUGUUGCCGCUACUCGAAAGCGGCACGUGAUUGAGUCGAACAGCGGUCGAGGAUUGUGCUACGAUGAUCACGUUGUUGGUGGACAUGAAUUGACUCGUACUAACCACUUCAGAUGUCUAGACAAAGCAAUGAUUAUCGACGACAAAGAUUCAUGGAUGAAAUCAAGAAAUCCAUGGCGACUUUGCUCGGUAAAUCAAGUGGAAGAAGUAAAGCUUAUACUUGGCUUAAUCCCAAUUUGGAUAUGCACUUUUGCAUACGCGAUAAUAGUUGCACAAGUUCACACCUUCUUCAUCAAGCAAGCUAGCACCAUGAAACGAUCAAUUGGCCCUAAGUUUCAAAUCCCACCUGCGUCUUUACAAGUUAUCCCUGGGAUUACUAUUCUACUUUGUGUUCCUAUCUAUGAUAGACUCUUUGUUCCUAGUAUCAGAAACAUCAACAAUAUCCCCUCAGGGAUAAACACGCUCCAGAGGAUCGGUAUUGGAUUGGGAUUAUCCAUCCUCACCAUCGUGAUAGCAGCUCUAGUAGAGUCCACACGGAUAAGUGCAGCUAGUAAACAUGGAAUCAUCGACGAUCCAGUGGCAAUAGUCCCCAUGAGCGUAGGAUGGUUAGUCCCACAAUUUGUAGUAAUGGGACUUAGUGAUAUGUUUGCAUACGUUGGAAUGCAAGAGCUAUUUUAUGAUCAAAUGCCAGAUGACAUGCGAAGCAUUGGUUCUGCCUUGACUAACGGCGCAAUAGGCGUUGGAGCACUCAUGAGUAGCGCGGUUAUAACUGUUGUUCAAGAGAUGAGCUCGAAGUGGGGAGAUCCAUGGUUGGUUAAUAAUCUCAAUCGCGCUCACCUUGAUCAAUUUUACUGGGUUCUAGCUGGAUUGUGUGCUUUGGAUUUGGUUAUUUAUGUAUUGGCUGCUAAAUGGUUUGUGUGGAAGAAUACUAAAGUAGAUCAAAUUAUGAUAUGUUGAUCGUGCCUAUUAUAGCUACCUAAAAUAUAAGGUUGCCUUAGUUAUAAACUUAUAAUUGCAUUUGUAGAAGGUUUGAGUUGCCACUAAGAAAAUAUCAAUACAAGUUUGUUAUGUGAA